CAGUAAUUCCUCUGCAUGCCUGUCUCUCUGUUGUCUCUAUGCCUGCCUGUCUCGUUAGUCCUGAUCCCUCUCACCUGUGUUGCUCCCGCCUGCUCGUUAGUCUCUGGUGUAUAUGUGUUUGGUGUUUCUGUUCAGUCCCCGUACGGUCAUUGUAGCUUGUCGUGCUCUGUCUCAGUUAUUAUCGUGUGUAGUUGUGUUCUGUGUCCUGCCCUGCCUCAUUUGGAUCGUACUUUGUUGGAUUAUUCUGUUGGAUUACUGUGUUCUUUUUGGAUCGUUUAUCUUGGUUUCUUUGGACUCAGCCACUCAACUAACUCGAACACGUCGAACCAACUGUGGUCUGUGGAGAACACUGUUUCUAACCUGACUGAAUCCAUGAGCGCAGUGCAGCAGCUCACCAAAGAUGCAGCCAAAGACGUUCACCGCCUGAAGUUCGCUGUGGAGAGCAACAAGGACCAGCUGACCUCAGUGUCGGAGGAAUUGAAGCAGCUGUCAGCUCUGGACUCUAUCAGGAGGUCGGUCGCGAUGCUCAAAUGUUCCCUCGAACGCAUCAUCCACAAUAGUUCAGUGGUGGACGGCUGUUGUCCUCUGGAGUGGGAUAUUUUUGGCACCAGCUGUUAUUUCUUCAGUCAGACAACUUUGUCCUGGGACAAAGCCAGAGACUGGUGCAGUGCACACGGCUCCCACCUGGUCAUACUCAACAGCGACGAUGAGUGGGCCUUUGUGACCCGCCACACCCUGGGUAUCUUCUACUGGGUGGGUCUGACCGAUGAGAGGACGGGAAGGUGGGAGUGGGUCAACCAGACGCCGUACAUCAUGAACCGGAGGCGAUGGGCUCCCGGUCAGCCCGACAACUGGAACGGUCACGGCCUGGGCCCUGGUGGCGAAGACUGUGCUCACCUGUUCCCCGAUGGUCGCCUCAACGACCAGCACUGCUCCAUCAAGAUGCGCUUUGUCUGCCAGAAACACAGCCUUCAUGUCUAGACCCACACGGCGUUCACCCUGCUGUACAUCGUAACCGGAGCACCACAAACUGAUCAGCUCUGACCCUCAUCAGUUAAAAACAAGAACAGAACAGUGGAAGGUGAACAGCCGGAUUAUUCCUAACCCAUUAUAGAAAUUAUGAUUCUACAAAACCGUUGUAAAUCAACCCCUUUUUAUUUUCUAGUUGACAGUUUUUUAAACUGUAUUUUUUUUAAUAUUUCCCUUCUGCAUGUUGCUUUUCUGUAAAGGUUGAGUUGCCCUGUUGUUGAAAUGUGCCAAAGAAAUAAACCCGCCUUGCCUCUUGCUGUUAUAUGUGCUGACAGACUGGAUAACGUCUCUGAUGAUCUGCCAAUAGAAACUCAAAGACAAAAUAAAAACAAUACAUUUGUCUGCUCGGCUACAUAUCCCACAGGAAGCAUUUCAAUAUAAAAGC